AUGGUGACGUCAUCGGGUAAGCAAGAAUUACUAAAUAAGGCAAUUAAAAAGAUAUCUAGAGAAUAUGAAGAAUGGGACAAGGAUAAAGAAUUAAAAAAGGUGCAAAGGAAGCUUAAUGUUAAGGGGUAUACAGUAGAGCAAGUAUACUAUCAGAUUAAAAAAGUUACCGAUUGGGUUAUUGACCGAACAGAAACUUACUUGGCUAUGGAAAUGGGUGAUAUUAGUGAUGUGAGUGAUGAUGUUAGUGAUGAGGAGAGUAUAGAUGAUGUUGGUGAUGUUGGUGAUGAGGAGAGUGAUGUUGGUGAUGAAGAGAGUAUAGGUGAGGAAAGUAAGAGUAUAGGUGAAGAAAGUGGGGAUGAGAUGAAUGAUGAAGAGGUGAGUAAUGAAGUGGGCGAUGAUGAAGAGGUGAGUAAUGAAGAAGUGAGUAAUGAAGUAGAAGAAGAAGAAAGUACUAGCUCUUAUAAUGAGGAACAAGAGAAUAUGAGUAGUGAGUCUUAUGAUUCAGAAGGUAAGGCUAUGCUUACUAAUUAUUUAGAGAAUGGUGAGAGUAUGGAUGAAGGUGAGAGUGAAGAUGAGUUUUUGCAGGAAACGACCGGACGGAAGAUUCUUAAACGUCUUGAUGGAUAG